AUGGCCUCAUAUCUAGGAAUCACUUUUAACCAUGCCAAGGAUGAGAAUUUCAAGGGCUUCUUGGACAACCUUGGAAUCCCACCACAAGUAGCCGACGCCUGGCUCCAGUCGAAGCCAUCACCGAAGCUAGAAAAGGACGGCGACUCCUAUAUCGCAACCACAACUGACCAGAACGGCGAAAAGAAGGUGCUGACUUUCAAAAGUGGAGUGGAGUUUGAUGAGGAAAUUUUACCAGGGGUCACUGCUAAAACGACAUUCACUGUUGAGCCCGAAGUGGCCAUUCAAGUACAGACCUUCCCAGACGGCCGGUCUAUAACAUACAGAAGAGAAUAUAGCGGCAAAGAUCUGGUGGUGGUUUUAACUGUGAGCUCCUGGGACGGCUCUGCCAAAAGAUACUACAAAGCUGAAUAAUUUUAUGAUAUUAAGUAUUUAGUGUUAUGUCUAAUUAUAAAAAUAAGCAUUAUUUAUAAAAUUAUAGAGUAUUUAAAGUGCCUUUAUUGUUUAUUUUUCUUCAAAUGAGUCGGUAAGUUUACUUACGAAUGUGUACCUAUUGACAAAGACUACUAACGCUAAGCGAUUUAGCGUUCCUGCACGAUGUCGCGUACAAACCGAUUAGAGUUCUCUGAGAGUUUUAAAGCUGUGAGAGAAAGUAAAUUUUUAUCCUUUCCCUGGGGAGAUAAUUGUCUCCUCACCAUGCGACCCGUGCAGGUGCUGGUGAAUACUAAUAGUAGACUUGUAGUGGUAUAAAGAAAUGGUAAAGUCAG